CUUUUAUUAUUUUAUUGAAAUACCAUGAAUGUUAUGUUUUUAAAUAUUAUGAUAAAUUUCCUGAAAAAAUAUUUAAUUAUUUGGUCGUAAGUCUUAUAAUAUAAUUCAAUAUAAUUCAUUCCAUACACGGAUAUUCCCAUAAUAUUGUUAGACAAUUAACGAUAAGGACGUUGCGGAGAAAUAUAUUGCUUACGUGCUAUUUUUAGCCAAUAGGUCGUAUCAAAAAGCACUAUAUCUCAAUAGUAUAAUAUUAAACUAUAUAUUAUAAUAUAUAUCAUGUACACUGCGGUGGACUGCAAUUAUACUGGUAAACCCGCAUGAGUUCUAUUAUAACGUUUUAUUGGGUAAAUCUUUAUUAAACAAUCUUUAAUCUUACAUUAAUGAUUAAUAUUCAGUCUUGUUUACCGUCAACUUUGAAGACGUGAAGUACUUAUUCGAGUGUCUGUUGUGUUAUUGCGUUAAGAAAUUUACGAUUUACUUGUUGGUUGUUAAUAUUUAUUAAGAUACUUUAAAAUGUUCAGUUUAUUUAAAAAACAUACAAAUGUAAACUUGCAUGACCCAAGUGUGUCUUGUUCGUCGGGUACAUCAAAAAAUGACAUAGGUGUUAAUGAUUUGGGAACUCUAAGUACUGGUCCUCGUCGUCCAGUUCUAGCAUCAUAUAAAAAAAGUCAAUUUGGAAAACAAUUAAGAUCAUUUCGUAGCCAAUGGUUUAAUGACUAUGAGUGGUUAGAAUAUAGCAUUGAGCGAAAUGCUGCAUUUUGUUAUGUAUGUCGGAUUUUUAGUACAGGAAACUGUACCCAGGAUGUAUGGACUCAUUCCGGAUUUGAUAAUUGGCAAAAAUUUGGUACAAAAGUAAAUGGUCAUUUCUCUUCUAAAAACCAUCUGACAAAUGUAGAAAAAAUGAAUUCAUAUAAAAAAACAAAAGAAACGGGAUCUGUAAUAACUCAAAUAUCAUCUUUCCAUAAAGAAGAAGUGGCAAAAAAUAGAAAAUAUAUGUCUUACUUAAUUGAAAUUGUAUUGUAUUUAGCCAAGCAAGGUAUUUCAUACAGGGGACAUGAUGAAAAAUGUGAUUCUUUAAAUCAAGGUAAUUUUAAAGAAUUAUGCAAUAUUGUGUUUUCAAAAUUUAUACCAGAUUUUGAAAAUUUUUAUAAUAAAAAAAUUAGUCAAACAAGUUGGAAAGUACAGGAAGAAAUUAUAGGAAUCUGUGCAGAUCUUGUUAGAGAGACAAUUAUUGACAAUAUUGUUAAGACUGGACAUUUUGCUUUAAUGGUGGAUGAAGCCAGAAGCCAUAAACAAGAGCAGUUAUCUGUGUGUAUUCGGUAUGCAGUCGGUCUUGAAUCUCAUGAAAGGUUUUUACAGUUUGUUGAUGUUUCCAGUGGACAAGACGCCAAUAGUAUUGUUGCUGCUAUUUACCAAUGUUUUGAAAAUUUGAAUAUUAGUAUGAACUCAUUGCAUAUAGUAGCACAAUCAUAUGAUGGUGCUAGUGUGAUGUCGGGUUGUCUCGGAGGUGUACAGGCCAAAAUAAAAGAAAAAUAUCCAAAUGCAAUUUACACACAUUGUAUGGCACACAGGCUUAAUUUAGUUGUAGUAGAUAUGUGUAAAGGAGUUAAGUGUGCCCGAAAUAUAUUUAAUACACUGGAGAUGCUGUAUGUUCAUUUUUCACGACCAUCGAACUGUUCUAAGCUAAUUUCAAUACAGUCUAAAUUAGAGUUAAGAAAAGGCAAUGUACUUAGAAUAUGUGACACACGAUGGGUAUGCCGAUUCAAAAAUUGUGAUGCAAUGAUUAAAAAUUACCCUGCAAUAUUGAAGUUUUUAAUAAAUGAAGUUGAGGAACAAAAUGAUAAAGAUGCAGUUGAGGCUAUAGGUAUUCUUAGCCAAAUAAAUAAUUGUAACUUUUUGAUUGGGGUAACAUUAUUGAAAGAUGUUCUUUGUAUAAUUAACAUGCUUAGUACUACACUGCAGUCAAAAUCCGCUACUUUAGGAAAAGCAAAAGAAACCAUUAAUGGUGUUAUAAAAUCUUUUGAACAAUUAAGAUGUGAAGAUGAGUUUUAUAAAUUUUGGAAAAAAAUUGAAUUGAUGGCUGAAGAGUUUAAUAUAACUUUACAAAUUAAUCGAUUAGGAUCAAAACGUAAAAGAACUCAACCUAAAUAUUUGAAUAAUUAUCACCUACAAACUGUAACUGCAGAUGAAGAAGUUGAACAAAAUUUCUCAUCAGUAAGCGAUUUUUGGAAAAUAACUGUAUAUUUUCCAAUAAUUGAUACUGUGAUUGCAAAUCUAAAGUACAGAUUUUCAGAAAAAAACUUAUCAAUGGCUUGUUCAGUUGAUAACUUUAUGAGUUUAAACUAUGAUGGGAGCCAAGAGUUCAUCAAUCAUUAUAAGGAUAUUUUAUGUGUAAAGAUUGAAGUAUUAAAAGCUGAAAUGAUGGUUAUUAAUAAUUGCCUACCACCAAACUUUACACUAGAAGAUUUGAAAGAUAAAGUAAAAAAAGAUUCCUUUCCAAAUUUGUACAAACUUUUGCAAAUUGCAAUCACAAUUCCAGUAAGCUCUGCUACUUGUGAGCGAAGUUUUUCGACAAUGCGGCGGAUAAAAAACUGGUUAAGAUCAAGUAUGCUUCAGCAAAGGUUUACCAAUUUAUCUUUGCUGAAUAUUGAAAAAGAUUUAUUAAAUCAGCUUAACACUGAAACUAUUUUAAAUAAAUAUUGUAUGAAACCUAGAAAAAUUAUGCUAAUUUAAAAUGUAUUAUAUAUAUAUAAGUUAUUUACUAACAAAAUUAUGAAAUUAUAAUGUAUCUUUAUGUUACUGAAAUUUUAGUAAAAAAAAG